GGAAAUGCAGCGCUCUUCAGCAGCGCACCGCACAGACGCACGGAGAGCGCACGGAAACUUAUCGAGAUGGAGACCUUUACACCAUCUGACAUCUUCAAUUCGACUGACCUGAACAAGAUUUUGUGUAAUUUGGGGAUCAAGAAUAUUUCAGAGUGCGAGGGCGAGCGGGAUCCUUCACCAGAGCCGAAAGAUAUCAACCAGACGGUGCGGAUCGUCCUCUACAGCCUCAUCUUCCUCCUCAGUGUCCUGGGUAACAGCCUCAUCAUUGCUGUCCUGGUGAGGAACAGGCGCAUGAGGACAGUCACCAACCUGUUCCUACUGUCCCUGUCUGUCAGCGACCUCAUGGUGUCUCUGGUCUGCAUCCCCUUCACCCUAAUCCCCAACCUCAUGAGAGACUUCAUCUUCGGCACAGGGAUCUGCAAGCUGGUCAUGUACUUCAUGGGUGUCUCCGUCAGUGUUUCCACAUUUAACCUGGUGGCCAUCUCUCUGGAGCGCUACAGCGCCAUUUGCAACCCACUGACCUCCAGAACGUGGCAGACCAAAUCCCACGCCGCCAAAGUCAUCACCGCUACCUGGGUGGCGUCCUUCAUCCUGAUGCUGCCUUACCCCAUUUCUAGCACCCUUAAGCCCUUCACUCGUCUCAACAACAGCACGGGACACAUGUGCCGCCUGGUCUGGCCCAAUGAUGUCAUCCAGCAGUCCUGGUACGUGUCCCUGUUAUUGCUGCUCUUCCUAAUCCCCGGGAUCGUCAUGAUGACUGCCUAUGGUCUCAUUUCCCUGGAGCUCUACCGGGGCAUCAAGUCGGAGUUAUUCAACAGGAAAUCCUGCAGAGACAGACAGUCCAGCGCUGGCAGCAUCAAAACCGGUGACAGUGACGGCUGCUAUCUUCAGGCGACUAAAAAAAAGAGCAUCACAGGCAACUUCCCCAGCUCCAGCAGCCAGCCCAUGAUAGGCCGAGUGUACGGCAGCAGCUCUACGGCAAACCUGAUGGCCAAGAAGCGUGUGAUCCGUAUGCUCCUGGUCAUCGUCUUCCUCUUCUUCCUGUGCUGGACUCCCGUCUUUGUGGUCAACGCCUGGCAGGCCUUCGACCGGCGCUCAGCCUACCGCCUCACCGGUGCACCAAUCUCCUUCAUCCACCUGCUCUCGUACACCUCUGCCUGCGUCAACCCCAUCAUCUACUGCUUCAUGAACAAGCGCUUCCGUCAGGGCAUGCUGGCUACGUUCACCUGUUGCAGCUGUCUGAGGAGGAGAGGAGAAGGAAGCAGCGGUUUAGGGAGGUCAACUGGAACUGGAACAGCUAAAGGGGAAAGAAUGAGAACAGGAGGAAAGACCAAUGAGCAGAAUGGCCAUACGCCGCCAAGCGGAGCCAGCACACGCUUCACCUACACGGGGAUUCGAGCGUCAGCCUGGAGUGAGCUGACUUAAACUGGAUUUAGAGUGUUUGUGUUUGUGAGAGCUCUAGUGUGAGUGCAAACAAGGCAAAGCCCAUUGCUUUAAAUGAAAUAAACAAGCAGAUACUUAGCUAAAGCUUGGAGACUGACAGGACACGAGCACAUUUUUUCAAGUGGAGUAGGAGUGCUGUACUUACAGCUGUAUUUACAGUUCCCUCACUACAGUUAACAGAUUUUUCCUCUAUAGCUUGUAACAUCUUGGGUUAAUGCUGGGUCAAAUGAAGCCUGGAAGGGAAGCAGAAAACUCAGUAGUAUAACACACCUUGGUAACUAUACAUAUAGCUAGGCAAGGUCCAAACAAUAUUUGAAAUCAGUGAAUUGCUCGUGGAAAUGCAUGCUAGAAAUACAAAAAAUAUAAUAAUAAUAAUAGGGGAGACUGGGGUUGGUUGUAACACUCUAAGUACUGGCAUUAAUUACGCAUCAUAGCAAAAACUUUCAAGAAUGUUUCCUAAGAAGUUUGCAAGGCUCAAUGCUACUGGUGAAAUACCACCAUCAAAGAAAACAAACCCGACUUCACUUUGUUUGUCGAAGGUUUUAUGCUAGCUGUCAUAUCUGUUAUGCCAGCUACAAAAAAGGACCCAAAAUUUGAAGCUGUUAGCUUUUUCUGUGUUUCAUUUAUAUAAAAACAAACACACUACAAAUGGCUACCAUGAGAAAUUAACUUCUUGUUGGUAAAAAAUGUUUUUCUGCUCACCUCAGUGUUCUUAAUCCAAGAGAAAACAGCUGGUAGCAAAUAUUAUCCAUUUUUUAUGCCAGCGUAAUAAAAUAAAGCCUCCAUCUUAGGCUGUAAUUGGCACAAUGGCAACCAACCCUUGUUUCCCCAACUUCAAAAGAAACCAGAUCCUGAAGUUCUAGCAGCGGUGCGUCCACCUUUGAAUUUAAAAAUUUGUCUUUGGAACAUCAUGGAAGGUGCUGGGAAGAAGGGGGGAUAAGCCACGCCCACUCCUUCCUUCCUCCAGUCCCUUAUCAGCCACAACAUCAUUCAGUCCCUGCUGUUUUUCAGAUUCGAUUAUUACCCAAAUUAGGUUUUAAAAAAACAUGGUUUAUUCAGGAUCUUGGUCAACAGCAUACAUUACCCACAAUCCUAUCAAUGUCUCUGAUUGGUUUCUUCUGUGAAACUUCUGUGUUCUGUCUGGUUCUACCACUACCAGUGAAUUUAACGGAUGUUUUUCAACAAAAGAAAACAAUGACCUAUAAUAAUAUGGCACUACAUUACCCAUAAUCCUAGAGUGUCAUCACUGUUGUGAAUUUCAGCUGUUGGCUGCUGCUAGCGAAGCUAACGGUGGGCAAUAACAAUAACAGUAGAGCUCUGUGGUGGCUGUCCCUACUUGAUCCGUCCCGGAAACUCGAUUUGUACUGCACAUGUGCAAACGCGUCUACAUCCGUGUCUACAUAAAUUAAUUCUAACCCUAACCAGUGGAAUAUAAAUGCUAAACCUAACCCAAGAAAGGUAAUUAGUUAAAAUAUAAUACCCAAAGAGCUACCCCUAAAUCUAGCCAGUGGAAAUAAAAAUGCUAAACCUAACCUAAAGCUAAUUAAGGCCUAUCUAAACUAAUCUAAGUUAACCUUCAACUAAGCAAAUAGCACAAGUGGGCUGCUGAGCAGAUGUAGACGCAUGUUUGCACGUGUGCAGUACAAAUCAGGUUUGUGGGACAGAGAGUUCUGUUGUCUGAUUUUCUUUUUUCUGACACUCUGACUGUUGGGUAGUCAUCAGAGCAACUCACGCACACAGAUGAUCAAAAACAACUAAAACAUGCUGUUCAUACAGCACUUAACAAAUGUAUUAGACCACCUGUCAUAUUUGUCUCAAAGACCAUCCAGCAUCAUGAAGUGCUUUAAU